CUCUCAUAGACUGUCAGGGAAGAAAAAGCAGCUAUCUUGAGCUAGCUAGCUAGAGUGCCAUGGCCGCGCCAUUGACGACGUUGGUGAUGGUGGUGGUGGUGACGGUGGCGGUCUCGGUCGCCGGCGGCGCGCAGGCGUGGGUGCUGAAGGAAGGGUUCUACGAGCACAGCUGCCCACGCGCGGAGGAGAUCGUGAAGCACUACGUGGGGCAGCACAUCCCCCUCGCGCCAUCCAUCGCCGCCACCCUCAUCCGCACCCACUUCCACGACUGCUUCGUCAGGGGGUGCGACGCGUCGGUGCUGCUGAACGGGACGGACGGCGCGGAGGCGGAGAGGGACGCGGCGCCGAACCUGACGCUGCGGGGGUUCGCCUUCAUCGACCGCAUCAAGAGCAUCCUCGAGCACGAGUGCCCCGGCGUCGUCUCCUGCGCCGACAUCCUCGCGCUCGCCACCCGCGACGCCAUCUCCGUCGUCGGUGGGCCGUUCUGGCGGGUGCCGACGGGGCGGCGCGACGGCACGGUGUCGAUCAAGCAGGAGGCGCUGGACCAGAUCCCGGCGCCCACCAUGAACUUCACCGACCUCCUCUCCGCCUUCCAGAGCAAGGGCCUCGACCUCGCCGACCUCGUCUGGUUGUCAGGGGCGCACACGAUCGGCAUCGCGCACUGCAACUCGUUCAGCGAGCGGCUGUACAACUUCACCGGGAAGGGCGGGCCCCAGGACGCCGACCCGUCGCUGGACAUGGAGUACGCGGCGAACCUCCGGCGGACCAAGUGCCGGACGCCGACGGACAACACGACGAUCGUGGAGAUGGACCCGGGCAGCUUCCUCACCUUCGACCUGAGCUACUACCGGGGCCUGCUCAAGCGCCGGGGCCUGUUCCAGUCCGACGCGGCGCUCGUCACCGACGCGGCGGCGAAGGCCAACAUCGCCAGCGUGGUGGGCAGCCCGCCGGAGGUGUUCUUCCAGGUGUUCGCGAGGUCCAUGGUGAAGCUGGGCAUGGUCGACGUCAAGACCGGCUCCGAGGGGGAGAUCAGGAAGCACUGCGCCCUCGUCAACACCCACUACUAGCACUUCAUCUUCUUCUCGAUCUUCUUGUUUGCAUGAUCAAAUUUCAUAGAGGUUUUAUUACACUAGUGUUCUGGAAAUUCUCUUCUGUGUAUGUAACUUCAUCUUGUGUAUUUUCUCUGUGGUUUUAUUUUAUUUUGUUUUUCAAUUGCAACUGUUUAUUUUGGAGCAACUGUAACUAUUUUAUGUGUUCACGAACUAUUCAACAAUUAUAAGAAAAUAAUAUAUACAUGG